AACAAUACCAAAAGUGAAAGUGGUGUCGGUGACUGGGAAGGUGACAAGUGACCGGUCACAUAGUCAGUGUUGUUGUUGUUGGCGGUUGUCAGAGCCUCUGUUGACAUUGUCUUCAACUUCUGGCCUAAUUGAAAUAUGGCAUGUCAGUUUACCAAGGCCCUGGCCAGACAUUCUACGAUACCGGUACUGUUCAUCAGGCAUUCCAUCAGGAGUUUUUCAUCAUUUACCUCAAAAUCUGCUGGAUGUGUCAAAAUUUCGUCUUCCCUUCCUAAUCAUAUGACCUUCAGUUUUCAGAGGUCUUUUCAUCUAAGAAAUGCCUGCACUUGGCUACAAGUUAAAUGGACAAGGGACAAUCUGUUGAAUUCUUUUCAUUCCACCGGGGUGAAAUUUUGUGCCAUUACAGGUCCCAAAUCCUUUGGAGUUCCUGUCUCUAGCUUUUUCAGAGAGUCAAGUACAAAACAAAGUAGCCUGACAGACACGAGCGCCGUCUCAGAGUCAGACCGGUGUUUGCUGUUUGAUGGAAACGACCUGUUGGUGAACUCUGUAUCUACAGUGGCUGCUGCACAAGCUUUAGCGGCUAAACAAAAUGUGAAACUGACCUAUAUAAAUAAAAACCCAGAUGGCGUGCACUGUUUUAGACUUGAAGCUAAUAGCAAGCUGAAGAAAAAGUCUUCCACUGGUGAAGCCAAGAACGUUUCGUCCACUCCAAUAGGGAAAAGGAAAAAACCCGAAAAACAGGCUGCGAAAGAGUUCACGUUCAAAAGCUCUAUAAAAGACCACGACUUGUCUGUAAAACUGAAUAAAAUCCACGCGCUCUUGACAAAGGGAAAGCAAGUUGUCAUCUUUUUCAAAUCGGAAAGCUCCUCAAACCCUUCAAAGGAUUUCAAAAGCGCAGCAUCAGACUUCAGCAAAAAGCUGUCUGCUGAUCUAAAAGAAGUUGGCAAUGUUCAUCAAGACUUCAGCAAUGACAGCGCUUCUCGAUUUACCCUUACAUCAGUGAAGAAAGAGGACACCAAAGGAUGAACUUCAGUCCCUAUCCUGACGAUGAUGCAUGUAUACGAUGCUGUUAAUGACAGGUUGAAAAUCUGCUGGCUUGAUUCCAUAGUUGCUGCAGCCUUAUAUUGAACAUUUUUUCAAAUGAAUGGUUAUGUUUUGGACUGCUUUCUCUACAGUUUGAAUCAAAGUUUUAACAUCAAAGGGCUCUUUUUCAAACUUUAAGAGAUUGUCAUUGUUAGCAGGUAGUUGGUUGGAGCACAAGGGUGCCACCGGUCAGUCCUACUUUUUUUCUUUCAUGCCCUUUGUUGUUUCUGUCUGUCUUAGUUGCCAUUGUCAGUGAGUUGUGGAGAACGAAAAUAAGAUAAGCAUAACUAAAUAAUUGUGUCAUGUUGGUGUGGUAGACUUGUCUAAUUUUCAUUGUCUACUGUUCACUGACAAACUGUUGGCCAACUCUUUUGUCGUAGUGCUGUGCUCAGCUUACUCCAACUCUUUCUCUAUACACUAAAUACAGUGGAAACCAUAUAUAUAACAGGCCCGGUAAUAACAGGGAUCCGGUAAUAACAGAGAUUUUUAAAAUC